AUGGAGCAAAAUCUUUUCAACCAAUUAGGACUUACUGGCAAACAAGAACCUUUGGAGCUACGGUGGACUGGUGAUACGACCCGAUCUGAAAACAACUCUGUCAAAAUUAACAUAGAAAUAUCCGGCUCUAAAAGCGACAAUAGGUUCACACUUUAUGAUGUCCAUACAGUGAAUAAUCUUGGUCUGCCCAUACAGUCUUUGAAUUUUGAGGAUAUAGUUAGAGACAACACCUACCUUAAAGGUUUACCAAUACAGUCGUACACAAAUGCCAAACCGAUGGUUCUAAUUGGGCUCAACAAUUGGAGACUUGCAGUUCCUUUAAAAAUUAGAGAAGGUGCACGCGAUCAACCAAUUGCAACAAAGACUCGUCUUGGGUGGACCUUACAAGGAAGUGGCACAGAUUUAAGAAGUAUUCCAUCCCUUAAUAUACACACAUGUGAGUGCGAGAAUCGGUAUAGGGCGUUACACAAUGAAGUGAAGGAAUAUUUUGGGCUCGAUGCGCCCCAUGAGAAAAAUAUUUUGUCGCCAAAAAAUAACAAGGCAAUGGAAAUACUUGAAGCUACAACCAUAAAGAAAAAUCAACAAUUCGAAGUCGGUUUACUCUGGAAGGAGGAGGUCAUACAAUUGCCAGAAAGUUAUGAAGUUGCUCGCCAUCGCUUAACGUGUCUCCAGAAGAAGUUCAAAAAGGAUCCCCAAUUACAGCAGACAAUGCAAGCGGAAAUCGAUAAACUUAUUUGUAAGGGUUACGCCCGAAAGGUAUCCGAAGAAGAAAUGUCUUCAAAUGCAGGUCGCAUAUGGUAUUUACCAAUUUUCGUUGCUCUAAAUCCGAACAAACCUGGUAAAGUUCGACUAGUCUGGGAUGCAGCUGCAAAAUCGCACAAUAAGUCUUUGAAUGACUUUUUAAUUUGUGGCCCUGAUUUACUUACUUCACUUUUCAACAUUUUAAUCGAGUUCCGUGUUGGACAAAUAGCAAUUUGUGGUGAUAUUGCCGAAAUGUUUCACCGUAUCAAUGUUAAAGACGAAGAUAUGCAUGCUCAGCGAUUUUUGUGGUUCGAAAAUGGAAACAUAUGUGCUUAUGUAAUGAAAGCCCUGACCUUCGGUAUAAGUUGCGCUCCCUGCAUCGCUCAUUUUGUGAGAAAUAGAAACGCAGACUAUUUUCGCAAUGAGUAUCCCCGAGCUGUGAAAGCUAUACAAUGUUACCACUACAUGGACGAUUUUAUUGAUAGUGUCGACACCGAGGACGAAGCUAAAGAGCUAGCGGUUCAUGUUCGCUUGAUUCACUCGGCUGGUGGGUUUCAUAUGAGAAACUGGGUUACCAAUUCUGUGGAAGUACGACAACACCUGUCUGAUGAUGGCUCAGCAACACAAACCUCAUUUAAAGCAAUAGAAAAGAUUCUUGUUCUUAAAUGGCUCUCCAUGGAUCCUAAAAACUUCAAGGAAUUUGUUAUGUACAGAGUUGGGGAAAUAUUAGAAUUUACUAAUGUCACACAAUGGAGUUGGGUGCCUUCUAAAUUGAACCCGGCAGAUUAUGCAACAAAAAUCUGUGCACCUGAUGAAGAUAUGUGGCUCAAUGGACCAGUAUUUUUACGAGGUAACAAACAUUUGUGGCCCAAAUGUCCCGAUCUAGGAGGCUCUAAUAAAGAAGAAAUAAGAAAUCAUUUACUGGUUAUUGAUAAAUCAAACAGAUUCACAAUUAACGUCGAAUAUUUCUCAAAUUGGAAGCGACUUUACAUGGCCCUCUCACAGUUUCUUUUAUAUAUUGAAAAAUUAAAAUAUAAAGCUCAAGGCAGUGGUGAUAUUCCAGAUGGUAUUCGUUUCGAAUACAUACAAAGAUCUAAAAAUAUAUUGUUUAAGUACGCUCAAGCCAGUGAAUUUUUAGAAGAAAUUUGGUGUCUACAACAUAAUAAGAAAAUACAUUCUGGAAGUAAGCUCAAGCAACUAAAUGUUUUCCUAGAUGAAAAUGGAAUUAUACGCGCUUGCGGUAGAGUUGAAUCUCUAAAUUGUAACAACGCUAUUAUUUUACCAAAUAGUCAUUACAUAACUUUUUUGUUGGUCCGAAAUUUCCAUGAGAAUUUUCAUCAUUGUCUUCAUGAAGCUACGAUUUGCAGAAUUAAAACCAGAUUUUAUAUUCCUAAAUUGAGAACAAUUUAUAAGAGUGUGCGAGCUAAAUGUCAACGAUGUAAGAACCAAUUAGUCGUACCCCAACCACCACUAAUGGCCUCGUUACCAGCAGCUAGACUUGCAAGCUUCGAACGUCCCUUUACUUACGUCGGUAUAGACUUUUUUGGGCCGUUAUAUGUUGUAGUAGGCAGGCGUAGAGAAAAAAGGUGGGGUGUUCUAUUUACGUGUUUGACAGUGCGAGCCAUUCAUAUUGAGGUCGCCUACAGUCUUGACACAAGUUCGUGUAUCAUGUGCAUUCAAAAUUUCAUUAGUCGCCGUGGCUCUCCAAAAGAAGUAUACACCGACAACGGAACAAAUUUUAAAUCUGUUGAAAGAGUUCUUCGUGAAGAGAAACAAAACAUUGACUUAAAACAAGUAUUCGAUAGACACGACGAAAUAAAGUGGAGAUUUAAUCCACCAGCAGCACCCCAUAUGGGCGGCGCAUGGGAACGCUUAGUGCGUACGGUGAAAACCAUUCUUUAUGCCAUGUGUCCCGCAUUCAAGUUCAACGACGAGUCAUUAAAAAGUGCAUUUUGUGAAAUUGAAUUUAUUAUUAACUCUCGGCCUUUAACUUUUGUUGCUCUAGAUUCUGCUGAAGACGAUCCCUUAACACCAAAUCAUCUACUACUCGGAUCUGCAGAUGGCUGGCCCAAGGGUGUAAUAACAGAAAUAAUCACCGCAAAAGAUGGUCAAGUACGUCGUGUUAAAGUAAGAAUCAACACCAGCACAUUUGAAAGGCCCGUAACAAAAAUAGCUGUACUAGACGUCGGUAAUACCCAAGAAAGCAAGCUCAUGCAUCCCUAA